AUGGCAGCGCCAGGGCUUGCUUCCACCUCUUACAAACUCCCUUCCCUUGCUUCGACCUUGCGAUAUAAAGGGCACCGUAAUCCCCGCUGCUUCUCGUCAACGUGUCCACGAGCAGCCCAUUUGCGCGAUCACUAUGCGACCCUUGGAGUCCCAAUCACAGCGACGAAGGCUCAAAUAAAGGCAUGGGUCAUCGUCUUCAUUAAAGGAUUUGUCCCUCACAAGCAUCCGAUAGACACACUUCUACCAACUACUGAUGGAUUACGUCGCUCUCAGCUUAGCAAGAAAUAUCAUCCCGAUGUUGCCAAGGACAAUGCAACACGAGGAAAAUUUCACGCUGUGAGUGAAGCCUACGCCGUGCUCGGGGACGAUCGAAAGCGGCGCGAAUACGACCGCGGUCUCCGCCACUCAUCACCGUCACAACAACCAUCUUCUCAACACCCACAAGAAACCACAACACGUCCCUCCAAUCAAUCAGGGUCCCGCAACGCGUGGCAAAAUAAUCCACGUCAACAUCAGCACCGUGACCCCAAGUCCAGCCAUGCGCAUGACCCAAACGCAACUUAUGACCACCCAUGGGAGCGUGCUCGUGCAGGCAAAUACACGUAUUAUCAACCUCCCCCCGGUGCCCAUACGCGCACAUCUUACACAUGGUCGCACACCGAUCCAUUCUCCAGCCCACACGUUCAACGAGCGACUGGUCGUAGGUCUGCAGGUCCACCGCCAGGAGCAGGUCCGUCUAGUGGUAGCAGUGAAGAGAUGCCUAAAAGUGGACCACGACCCGAAAGGACGCCAACGGACCAAGACAUAGCUGCAGCGGAGAGUGUUAUAGGGCGUGUGUUUGCGGUGUCUGGACUUUUGACCUUCAUGUUAGUGAUAGCCCAGUUUGCUGGUGCACCUUGGGGCAGUGCGCAUGCAUGA